AUGCACAGCGACGCGUACGGUUCGUUGAACUUUCGUGCUGCUGAAUAUUUAGAGAUCAUAAACGAAGUCCAAAUCUUCGUACAGGACUUCAGGAAGUUCGAUAAAAAAAUAAUACGGAAUGAAUUCAACGACACGUUCAUUUCCGUACGACACCCAGAAGUUGAAGUCAGAAAGGAGGCUAGAAUCCUUAAGCUUGGUGGAUUUAGUUUUAAAUGUGAAUACUCGGUAUUUGUUUAG